AUGGCGUGUUCUGAUGUGGAGGAGCGUGGAGAGCCAAUAGCAGGGGGCGUGGGGGUGUGUGGGGAGGAUGGGGAGAUGCAGGGAUAUCAGUCCGCGCACAGAACGGCCCGUGUAGGCUGUGCGCGGAGAGAUACUGCGGACGACCCUAACUUUCAUUUGUAUAAACGAGUCUCCUCCCCUCUGUCAUGGCAGUCAGACUGUGCGAUGUGGCCUCUCUGCUUAGGAGCGGGUCGUGGGCGCCUGAGCCUUGGACUGGGGUCUGUGGCACAUUUCUUUAAUUAUCUCAGUGCUCAGGCCAUACCAAUGACUAUAGUUUGCUAA